UUAAUAAACUUAAUACUUAUUCUUAGACUAACUAUUAACUAAGAUAACUAAAUUACGUCUAAGUAGUCAGCCUAGUAGAUCUACUCUACUGAUACUACAUCAAUAAUUCUAGAUCUAUAUACUAUAUUAUUCAUCAUCAUGAACAAACUAAGUACAACUCUGAUCCUCAUUAAUUUUAUAACAGUCCUGUUUCCCCAACCCAGCUAUAUCCAUCCGGAUGAAUUUUUUCAGUCUCUUGAAAUUGUGGCAGGUGAUGUUCUCAAUGUAACACACGUUCGAGCAUGGGAAUUUAAUGAAUCAUCACCAGUACGUUCCAUUGUCUUCCCGUAUGUGCUGUUAUCUCCACCUCUGUAUUUCUUGAAAUGGAUAAACUCUACAGGACUGUCAGGGUUUCGUGUAUCAGCUGUCAAGAUUGUAAUAGCCACUAGGCUACCUUUUGCUUUUAUUAGUCUGGUUGGUUACUCUGCUACUGAGAGACUAGCCAGAGCUUUUGAAGUGAAUCAGUACAUAAGUACCCUGUUUUAUAGCAGCUCUUAUAUAGCAUGGACCUAUUUGACAAGAACCUUUUCUAAUUCUGUUGAAGCCAUGCUUGUUGCCUUUAUCCUUAUUUUAAUAUUUACUUGUUUGGACUGCAUAGAACAUAGACGAAAAUUGACUUUCAUUUAUGAAAAGGAAAGAAAAGGUGUACAUCAGUCUAACAAUGAAACAAAAACUUAUGAACGGCAGAAGGGAGAGACAAAGAAAAAUGAUGCUAAAUUGAACAGAAAGGAUGAAUCUGGAGAAUUCAUUUCUGAAGAUGACAUUUCACAAAGUGCUGAAGAUGAUGAGCUAAAAAAUUGUAAAUUGAAGGAACAAGAAGAAAGGCUGGUAGUGCUCAAGACAAAACUUAAUGUCACCACUCACAAGCAACACAUUUGCCAGAUGUUGAUUGGCCUUGUUAUCACUGCUGGUUUUUUUAACAGGCCAACAUUUUUGGCAUUUUCUUUUAUGCCAAUUAUUUUCUGGUUUUAUUUCUCACAAGGUUUUGAGAACAAGAUAAAAAAUAUACUCUUUACUGGGCUGGGUGCUUUAAUGAGUUGUGUGAUAAUUAUAGCACUGGACACUAUCUAUUACAAUGUCCACUUUUUUAAUACUGUUAAAACUUCUUUUGACCUCCUCCUUACUGGACAGUUUUCUCUUAAUUCUUUGAUGAUCAGUUUUGAACUUUUGGCAUCCUCAUUAAUCAUUACUCCUUGGAAUUUUUUAAAGUACAACAUGAACACCGCUAACUUGGCUGAACAUGGCCUACAUCCACAUUAUACUCACAGUUUGGUAAAUUUGCCUCUUUUGAUUGGACCACUGUCAAUCCCAUUUGUAGUUACUGGUAUCUCUGCAUUAUUUGUAAGACAUCCUCACAAGAACUAUGGUUUGUUAUGGUUGGUCUCUAUGUCAUUAUUUCCUGUGUGUUUAUUGUCAGUGUUCCCACAUCAAGAGCCACGGUUUCUUAUUCCAACCUUGCCAAUGUUUUUGGUUAUGGCAGCGAAAUAUGUAUCUGGGAUCACAUAUGGGCGAACUAUGAUAUUAACUGUAUGGGCAAUGUUUAAUUUGGCUAUGGUUUUCAUUUAUGGCUACUUGCACCAAGCUGCAUUAGUCCCUGUACUUUCAAAUUACCAGCUUUCUGUAUCCUCAUCCCCAGAUUCCUACCACCAUGCUAUUUUCUAUAAAACAUACCCUCCACCACGAAGCCUUCUCAUUAUUGACCCCACCAAACAGAACAUCUGGCUGGAUGAUCUAGCAGGGGCUCCAACAAAUGUUCUAGUUGAGACUGUCCGGUCGGCAGCAGCCUUGUGUAGAGAAAAUAAAAGCAAGUGCCAACUCUCUGUGUUUCUUCCUUCCACUGCUACAGCCCUCCUAACGAAGCACUUGUCAGAUUACCAUGUGAUGGUGUCUAGUGUUUGUCCUCAUUUUUCCAUGGAGGCACCACCAAGACUGAUGAGUUGGUGGGAAAAUGAAAUAAGUUUUAAUGAGUUUUUACUGGAUCUUUGUUUAAGUAUAGUGAAAGUACAAUAAUUUGUUAAAUGCACACAAUUACACAUAUAUAUAUUUAUAGCUUUUAUAUAGCGCUACUUUCAUGCUUAUAGCAUGCUCAGAGCACUUUGGUCCAAUCUCAUAUGUGGACCAGUGGGGGGGAGGGGGUAUCUAGGAGUUGGUUUUCCAUGCUGCCCUUAGGCGCUCAGUAAACACAACUCUGCCCAAGUCAGUUGUCGAACCUCGAGCCCCCUUCUAGGUAGCCAAGCCAAUUUCAAGCACUCUUAGCCUCUCGACCACGCUUCCCACAUGUGCUCACAUACACGUAUGUAUGUAUGUAUAUUACAUUCCCAGCCUACUGUUGUUUUAUUUCUUUUUCAUCUUGUGUUUUCCCAUGACUGACAUUGAUCAUUCUCAUUUACUUUAUGAGUAUUUUUUAUUGCUCAAAAUGUAUCUCAUACAUAUAUAUAUAUAUAUAUAUGCUGCACAUAUCAUAAUCAUUUUUUCUAUUUGUAUUUACCUAUGCAUGAACAAAUAUUUCUGUUAUUUUGCCUCACGCUAGAACUUAUAUUUAUAUUUCUAAUUUAAGUUUCUUAAUAUUUUGCAGAUCUCAUUUUUACAAUACAAAAAGGUCCUUUAUAAUUAAAUAAUAUUUUAUGGAAAAUAAUUGUUAUUUUUUAUUUAAUUAUCAGAUUGUUUUAAUUGUUUCCUUAGUGUUCAUAAUACCAGAUCAUAUACAUUCUUAUGAUCAUGUAUAUCCAGCUAGCUGAACCUGAUUUAUAAGAUUUGGUAAAUUAACAAAGUACCAUAGUAUAAUAUAUAUAUAUAUAAAUGUAACACUUGGGCAGAUUUUGUACCUUUGAAAAAUAUUUGUUAAAAUAUUAGAUCUACAGUAUUUUUUGACAAUUAUAUGUUCAGUCUAACUUGGAAUUAAAAUGCCAGUGAGAUUAAC